AUGACCUCAGAACGCGAGGCCAUAAAUGCACUGGCCGUUACCUGGAAUUCCAAGGAUCGUUCUUCGCAAGAACAUAACAUAUGGCAGCUCAAUCAAUUCAGCAUCUACCGCAAGGGUUCCGAUCACAGACAUGCAUAUGAACUUUGUCCUUUGCAAAGCCUGAAGACUGAGAGCGGGGUGAAUGACCUCCUAUUUGACGGGAUUCUGAGCGUCGAUGGUCAAGAACGAUUUGUUCAGGGUGUCUCAUUCGAAUGCCUAGCCAUGGAAGGCUACGGAGACGAAGGCGACACGGUUUCUGCCUGCAUUCAAACGGUCUUGGCUUGCAAAGCAAAUGUCUGGUACGAGCUCAGAACUCCUGCAAGUCAAUACCUCCGCUAUCAUCACUCCGAGCAACCUGUCACUCUAAGCCUGUUUCGACGAUCCUUCUAUCCGUACUUGAUGCAGAAGUAUGGAUCGUCCUCUGCUGUCAAUGGUUGGUUGGCGCAACAUCCAUCUCACGACUUUGGUCAAGCGUUCUGUGCCAACCUCGGCUUCAUCAUCAAAGAAGUCUAUAGUGUCAACGACCAGCUUCUUCAACAGCCCAUAUUCGGCGAGACAGAUACCAAGCAGCUUAAAGCAAUCCACAUGGAGAAGACUGCAUACGACACUACGGUUGUGACCCCAUUCGUCUUCGAGCUCUUCCACAAGAUGCCUUUUCGUGGCCAGAUGCAGGUCUUACCAGAGCCUGCCAUUAUCCGUGGUUUCAACCUUCGCUCAAUCACUCUGCAAGUAUUCGUCCGUUGUGGCCGUGAUUUAGACGACAAGCAGGCCGCUCCAAAUCAACUGGCACUGAGCGAUGAAUUCCUCGAGCUCGACCCAGAUUAUGUCACUCGCCAUUGUAGAGUUGCCGCUUUUGCCAGUCUCAAAGAUAUUCAAGCACCUUACGAUCGUGAUGGCGCAGGAGACCUCUGGUAUGUCAUCAGCUCUUCGGCUCCCACAUGGACUUUCAUCAAGCACGAGAUUGCUGCAGAUAGCAAACUCAAAGGCAUGGGCAUCUUCUGUGGAAGCGGUUCUUUCGAUCGGGGAUUGGAGGAAGGUGGAGGCCUCGAGUUUAAAUGGGCCGUUGAUUGGGCUGAAAGGGCUCUUCAUUCCUACAGAGCCAACAACGUUAUUGGCAUGGCAAGAAACCCCUCCAAUGCGAAGGACUUGAACGUCUUCUCACAGGUCCUUUGUUGUCUUGUAAGCAUGGGCUAUCAAGUGCAACAACUGCUCAUGGAUCCAGGCAAUUAUGGAUCUUGUCAAUCACGCCAACGAAUUUUCAUUAUCGCGACGGCUCCAGGUCAUAAAGCACCAGCUCCUCCACCUCAGACACAUACCUGUAGCGAGCUGGAAACGCAUGCAAGAGCAAUUGGAUAUGCAUCGAAUGGCCUCCCCUUUGGGAAGCGCAGAUAUGAUGUCUGUCCGUUCGUCUCUUUGACAGCAGAGGGAGCAUUCCAAGAUCUUCCCAUUAUCGGUGAUAGUCAUGUUCAAACGUGUAUUGCAGCACCUGAUCACCGCACUUGCAGACACGAAAGCUCGAAAAAGCGAGCACUAAUUCAGAUGGUGCCUCGAUGGCCGUAUGGACAAGGCUUUGUCCAAGCUGUGGCAAAGGGCAAGAUGUCCAAGAAUGCAAUGGCAACUUAUGCCUGGCAAAAUAAAAACCGUGCUAGUGCGAGCAGCAGAUCAUGGGCACGUAUCUACCCAGAUCGUCUAGUUGGUUGUCUGACCACAGACAUCAAGCCCCACGACUCAUUUCUUGGGCGUACGUUGCACUAUGACCAGCACCGUACUAUGAGUGUGAUGGAAGCUCGUCGGGUCCAGGGCUUGCCUGAUCACGAAGUCAUUCUAGGCACCCCAAGUCAACAGUGGUACCAGAUUGGCAAUGGCGUAGAUCGCAAGGUCGCCUUUGCCCUCGGCAUACAGAUUGCUAACGCAUGCCGCGAGACUUCGGCUCAUCAAUGGGACAUAACAGCCUCGUUGCCGGUCGCGAGAGAGAUGACCCCUCUCGAGAUCAGAUCUGUUGUUCGUCAUGAGACCCCUGUUCGUGAUCCAGUUCGGUCCGCCGCCUGCGAGGCACCCACUACUGUUGCUGUAAUUGAGGAACACAUCAGGGCUGGUGGUGUUGUCCAACAGACAUGCUCCGGUGAGGUCUCUGUUGGUACCUCGGUUGAGGUGGCUGUCAAGAGCGCUCUCCCUUCUCAGUCGCUGGUUCAAGGAGUUUCAGGGGUCCCGCAACAACAGAAAUUGUUGAAGGGCGGCAUAGAAUAUAUCAUCAUCGAUUGA